AUGGGGCAGUGUUGCAGCAGAGCUACGUCCCCUGAUUCUGGUCGAGGAGUCAAUGGUUAUGGCUAUUCCCACCAGCCAAAACAAGCGCAAACACCUCCUAGUUACAACCAUGCUCAUCCACCACCACAAGCCGAGGUAAGGUACACACCGCCAGCGAUGAACCCUCCGGUAGUCCCACCUGUGGUUGCCCCCUCAAAGCCCACACCAGACACGAUUCUUGGGAAGCAGUACGAGGAUGUGAGAUCCGUCUACUCCCUUGGUAAGGAACUUGGCCGUGGACAGUUUGGGGUGACUUACCUUUGCACUGAGAUUGCCACUGGCAGGCAGUAUGCUUGCAAGUCCAUAUCCAAGCGCAAGCUCGUGAGUAAGGCCGACAAGGAGGAUAUUCGCAGGGAGAUCCAGAUCAUGCAGCACCUAUCUGGACAACCGAACAUAGUCGAGUUCUGCGGAGCAUAUGAGGACAAGAGCAGUGUGCAUGUUGUCAUGGAGCUCUGUGCAGGUGGGGAGCUGUUUGAUCGGAUUAUUGCUAAGGGGCACUACUCAGAACGAGCAGCUGCUACAAUCUGCAGAGGGGUUGUGAAUGUUGUCAAUGUUUGCCAUUUCAUGGGAGUGAUGCACCGUGAUCUGAAGCCAGAGAACUUCUUGCUUGCGACCAAGGAUGAGAAUGCAGUGCUCAAGGCCACUGAUUUUGGCCUCUCAGUCUUCAUUGAAGAAGGAAAAAUGUAUAGAGACAUCGUUGGAAGUGCUUAUUAUGUUGCUCCUGAAGUCCUUAAACGAAAUUAUGGUAAAGAGAUAGAUGUUUGGAGUGCAGGUGUUAUUCUGUACAUUCUUCUCAGUGGUGUUCCUCCAUUCUGGGCUGAAACUGAGAAGGGAAUAUUUGAUGCUAUUCUUCAAGGGGACAUUGAUUUCGAAAGUCAGCCAUGGCCAUCAAUUUCUGAGAGCGCUAAAGACCUUGUUAGAAAGAUGUUGGCACAGGAUCCAAAGAAAAGAAUUAAUUCAGCACAAGUUCUUCAACAUCCAUGGCUCAGAGAAGGAGAAGCAUCAGAUAAACCUAUCGACAGUGCUGUUCUUUCUAGGAUGAAACAAUUCAGAGCUAUGAAUAAGCUGAAAAAGAUGGCUCUGAAGGUUAUAGCUUCAAACCUUAACGAGGAAGAGAUCAAGGGCUUGAAACAAAUGUUCAGUAACAUGGACACAGACAACAGUGGGACAAUCACAUACGAAGAACUCAAAGCAGGAUUGGCCAAACUUGGAUCAAAGCUAUCAGAAGCUGAAGUAAAGCAGUUGAUGGAUGCCGCUGAUGUGGACGGCAGUGGAUCAAUUGACUAUGUUGAGUUCAUCACAGCCACAAUGCAUAGACACAAGCUCGAAAGAGAUGAGCAUUUGUUCAAAGCAUUCCAGUAUUUUGACAAAGACAGUAGUGGCUUCAUUACAAGAGAUGAACUGGAAACUGCUUUGAUUGAGCAUGAAAUGGGAGACACGGAUACCAUAAAGGACAUCAUAUCAGAAGUUGACACGGAUAACGAUGGGAGGAUUAACUAUGACGAAUUCUGCGCAAUGAUGAGAGGAGGAAUACAGCAGCAGCCAGUAAGGCUCAAGUAGUCAGUCUGGUUCUUUGUAGAAACGAUGUACCAUUAGCAAACUGCUGUUGGUUCUUUUUUCCGUGGUACGUAGUUGGACGGAUAACAAGUUUACUCUCCAAGUCUGCUUUUGUAUUGCUGAGAUGAUGAAUUGAUGACUGUGUAUAUCUCAUGGCUUUUGCUGGUGUAUGAUGUUCCCCUAGUGUUUUACUUCC